AUGGAACCAACCACUGACUCCUCAGUAGUUAUUCCUAUUCCCAUUCCCUCCGAUACCACAACUGGGAAUGAAGAGCCUUUGGAAACAACAUCUGCAGAUAUGGAAGUCAGUCCUUGUUGCGAUUCACUUGCUUAUUUAUUGCGUACUAUUGUUAUUAUAGGAAAAGAGGCCACGAUGCCAACACUGGUCACUCUUGCUGCUUCACUUCCCCGGUUCAAACAUCCUUUUGCUAUGACAAGUGUUCCCAAGAGCCCUUUUGAGACGGGGGUUGCGUCUGAUGAAGAAGCGUUAGAUAAGGCUCGAUCGUGUUUGAUGGAGGGAAUGCACCUGUUGAACGAAGUGUUUGUACGCACAAAGACUCUUCACGAGCAAACAAAGGAAGAAGCUAAGCGGGUGAAGGAAGAGGUAGUCAGUUUGUCAGAGAGAAACCAAAGUUUGGUGAAAGAUUUUAGUCAAGCCCUCGGUCAGCAGGAGGAGUUGAACAAGUUGAAUCAGGAUCUGCAACUAAAUUUGGAUGAUGCUGUUUCUCAGCUGGAAAUCGUCUGCUCUAGCAAAGAUGUGAGUAUUAAAUUGCUAGAGGAGGAGUUAGCCGCGACGAAGCUCCUGAUGUUCGAGAAAGAUGCCCGAAUUGCCACCUUGAGCGACUCACAACUUCUGAUGGAGGAGAAUAUAGCAAGUUACCAGACGGGAGCAGAUCAAAAGGCUGAGGAGCUGCGAUGGGUCAUAAAGGAAGGAAUCCCCACCUUUGUUCGGGCUUUUUUGGAUUCAAGCGACUUUGGUGCCGUGAAUGCCGCCUUGCAGACAUUCGCUAUCCAGCUUGGCCUCCAUAAAGCCUGUGUGGACAUGAAAGAAAAGUACACCGAGGAGCUGAAAGGUAAGAAUGUUCUGUAUUCAUACCUAGAUGCACAUCAUCAAAUUAUGGAACGUUUUUCUGAGAUGACAACAUACAAGUACUCGCUAGUGUCUGCUCUAGAGAGCGAGGAGAUGGAUGUAGGUGGUCUGAAGAAAUUGCUGAAGACUGUGGAUUCAUCUGGGGCAGAUGAAGUUGGAUCAGGCUAG